UUUGGACACAGAUCACUAACAUGCAUGUAAACCCCGACCUCACGACGCAACGGGUAGCUUAGCUUACUAUAGCUUUCUCUAACAUAGAAAAAACACAAACUUUCAUUAGCUAUAGUAGAUUUUAAUCGGGAGCCAGCUAUCGGGAAUGCUGGACUAUUCGCACACGGGUUGGUUACACUGUCGGUGUUCUUCCCUGACCUCGUCCUGAAACAUUGUUGCCCAGUUGGGGAUCGAGGCUACUGACCAACACGCUGUGGUUGGAUGGACCCGAGAGGCCUUUGGUCAUUGCUGUGAUGAUGGAAUGAUUGUUUGACGAACUCCGGUUUAAAUGUUUGCUACGGGUGAAGAAAGAGAGAGUCUUCCCUGUCUUAUAUUGAAAAGAAAACAUCAUGGCGUUUUCCUGGUUAACUUGUUCUCUUCUACUGGGAACUUUGUGUGCAGGAUGGGGCCAUGGGGACGUGGAGACCAGGGAGUGUGUGUACUACAAUGAUAACUGGCGUACGGAGCGAACCAACCAGAGUGGCCUGGAGAGGUGUGAGGGGGAGAAGGAGAAAAGACUGCACUGCUACGCCUCCUGGCUCAACAUCUCUGGAACCAUCAAACUGGUGAAGAAAGGCUGCUGGCUGGACGACUUCAACUGCUAUGACAGGCAGGAGUGUGUGUCCAUGGAAGAGAACCCCCAGGUGUUUUUCUGCUGCUGUGAGGGGAACUACUGCAAUGAGCGGUUCACACACCUGCCAGACCUCGUUGCCAUCGGCAACCGGGUAAAGAUCCGCCUCCCUCCCAGAGGACUGUCCCUGGUGAAUGUCCUGGUGUACAGCCUGCUCCCUCUCUGUGUCCUGUCCCUGGGUCUGGUUCUGGCCCUGUGGAUGUACCGACGCCGCAAGCCUCCCUAUGGACACGUGGACCUCGGCGAGGACCCGGCGGUGACCCCUCCCUCCCCCAUGGUGGGGCUGAAGCCUCUGCAGUUACUGGAGGUGAAGGCCAGGGGGCGCUUCGGCUGUGUGUGGAAGGCCCAGCUGCUGAGUGAAUACGUCGCUGUGAAGAUCUUCCCGAUUCAGGAUAAGCAGUCGUGGCAGAACGAGAGGGACAUCUUCAUGACUCCUGGUAUGAAACAUGAGAAUCUCCUGCGCUACAUCGCCGCGGAGAAACACGGCAGCAACCUGGAGGCGGAGCUCUGGCUGAUCAUGGAGUUCCACGAGCGGGGUUCCUUGACUGACUACCUUAAGGGAAGUACUGUGACCUGGUCAGAGUUGUGCCACAUUGCUGAGACUAUGUCCCGUGGUUUGGCUUACCUUCACGAAGACACAGCCAUUUCUAAGGGCGAAGGUCCCAAACCCACUAUUGCACACAGGGACUUUAAGAGCAAGAAUGUGAUGUUGAGGGAUGAUCUGGCCGCGGUGAUCGGAGACUUUGGUCUGGCGGUCCGCUUUGAGCCUGGGAAACCACCGGGAGACACCCACGGACAGGUUGGUACGUGGCGUUACAUGGCUCCGGAGGUCCUGGAGGGGGCGAUAAACUUCCAGAGAGACUCGUUCCUGAGGAUAGACAUGUACGGCGUGGGCCUGGUACUGUGGGAGCUGGUUUCGCGAUGCACCGAUGGAGAUGGUGCUGUGGGGGAGUACAUGCUGCCGUUUGAGGAGGAGAUCGGCCUGCACCCGUCCCUGGAAGACCUGCAGGAGGUGGUGGUCCACAAGAAGAUGAGGCCCGUCUUGAAGGACGCCUGGCUCAAACACCCGGGCUUGUCUCAGGUGUGUGAGACUAUAGAGGAGUGUUGGGACCACGACGCAGAGGCUCGUCUCUCCGCCGGCUGUGUGGAAGAACGCAUCUCCCAGAUCGCCAGGACAACCGCCGGCACUACCUCAGACUGUCCGGUCUCCACAGUAACGUCGGUCGCUGACGACGACGACGACGACCUACCUCCCAAAGAAUCCAGCAACUAAGUCCUCCGUUACAAAGGCGUCACCACGCAGUGACAUCACCACGCAGUGACAUCACCACGCAGUGACAUCACCACGCAGUGACAUCACCACGCAGUGACAUCACCACGCAGUGACAUCACCACGUGGAGACGUGUGCUCCUGGCAUAUGUCAAAGACUCACCUGAUCUCAGUGAUUUUAUUUUUAUUUUUUAUUAUUCUUUUUUUUUAAACCAACUUGAAUGCAGCUGCUAAGUUAAUUAACGUGAUAACGGUAUAAUUGUUUUUAGAUGUAUUUUGUUGUUUUUGUUGCUACCUGUGAUUUGUCAUUACGGAUCAAGUCAAUUCCUCUGGUACAUCAGCCUGCAGGAGUUCUCAAGGGUGGGAGAAAUAAGCUCUGCUGUGGAUCUCUGAGAAACAUCCAUGUGAUAAGUUCUCGUGUUGGACCAUCUGGUCAGUCAAUACCUCAUGCUGUCUAUGGUUGUCAUAAUUACCUCAGUCAUUUCUCUGUCGUCCGGUCAAGAUGGCCGCCCGCCAGACAAAACCAACCAUACUCCAUACCUCGGACUAUACUAUAUACACACACGACACAACCUGGAUGACACACACACACACACGACCACAUUACAAUACACACAAUAAGACUAAUCUCAGAGGAACCUUGAGACUGUUAAACAUAUUUAUCUUUGUUGGGUGAUGAAGCUUCUCUCUUCAUUACACAGUCUGUUGUCCGUCUUUGUUUGGGAGUACACCACAUUGUCACUGACUGACGGCUGAAGAGCAGAGAAGCGCGACAGGUUGGGGCGUCCCGGCACUGGCAGAAUGUUAGCAACGGACAAAUGAACUUGCAAAAUAGUGUUGACAUGUAUUUUAACUUCUACCUCUCAGGAUUGUUUUAUACACGUGUAGAGAUGACACGUUAUCUAUUUUGGACAAUAUAGUAUUUUCUUUUUUUUUUGUCUUUUUUUUUUUAUAAUACACAGAUUUACCACUUUGCCAACACCAGUCAUUGCAACGUUGAGUUACCAAUUUCUUAUGUUAACUAUGUGUCUGUAUUCGGGUGUUUUGGGGAGUAGGCUAAGAGAUUGACAGGCGUUGGGUUUCUCACAAGUAUUUGUUUUUAUUCUCUGUCGCUAGACUCGGCCACACGCUAGUAAAAGAAGUCUCCGAUUUACCAGUGUUUCUUUUUGGAAACACUUGUCUGACUCGUGCGCCUCUGUUUCAGUUACCUCAGCAACCCAUAUGUCAUAUAGAAAAGACUAAACUCAGUGGUUGCCUUUCUUUCCAUGCCCUUCCAGGCUAGCCCUACCAGGCUAGCCCGGUCCUAGAUCUGUUGGUAUGGUUUUGCCAUCUUUUGAGAUAAUACAAAGACAUCUGGAGCCAGGUUCAUUAGGCAAAUACUAACGCACCCCAACAUAACAGUGAAUGUCUGAACAAUGCUGCUGUAGUCAUGCCGUGAUGGAGGUCAGUUCUAUUUUAGGUCCGGUCAGUUCGGGGCGAAAACCGUACCCCACCUUCACAUUAUAAAAGUUUUAAAUACAAACGUUUUAAAAUGUUUUGAAAACUAAAUGUAAUUGUACUUUUUAGGAUUGGCUGCACAUAAUCUGGAACUGACCCCAGAUGGCUUUGACUUCUCAAGGAUAGUCAACCAUGAAUAGAUUCCACUUGUCAACUGGUCUCAGUUUUGUGAUUUUAACUCUCUGAAUCAUGCUAAUGAUAAUGAUCUUAUUCUAUGUUAGUCCUCAACUUUUUACCAGUCCUGAUCUCCACAACCUUCUCUGACAAGUACACACAUAUACCUCAGGCUUUUAUACAGAUUAAUGUCUGUUUUAUCAUAUUCUUAUGUUUUAGUAGGCGUGUUGCAAUGCAAGUUUUACCUCUUUUACGUACCGUAGAUGUUCCUAGUUGUUGACCAGGUUUGUAAUGAAGGUGUUGAUGUUGUUGUUCACCCCUACAGAAAAGGCAGUAUUCUGUUUAUCUGGCCUAAUUGUUUUUGUUUUGAUGAUUAUGUACACACAGUUGCCGAACACUGAUUUUACACCGUACCUGACCGGGGGCAUUGUUACUGUUUUUAGUUUCAAGCGACUGUGAACUUUUCUUUCUCAAAUGUUUAAUGAGAAUCCUCUGUAUCGAGGAUUACGUCUGUUUAUAUAUAGCCUAUAUAUAUAUAUUCUGUUUUCUAUAGAAUUUUUGAAGGUUGUUUUGUUACUGAUUAUUAUUAUUAUGCAUUCUGUGGGUAUGAGCGCCUCGGCAUCGAGAGCUAUGUAGCUAGCGAUUUUAUUUCACCCUCAAAUUCAUACUAGACCCUUGCGAAGAUCUCGACAAAUAGGACUGGUGUAAGCAGUAAAUUCUGACGUGUAAUACAGAAGCCUUCUACCAAAUCCAAGCCUCUCGGGGACUCCAAUAGUGACCUGGGCUGUCUGGGCGGGGUAGAUUAUUGGUGAUGUCACUAUUGACCCCAUCCAUUAACGCUACAUUCCGUGCGACCAGUUCUAUUUGACUAAGAUUUUCAUCUCCGUGGACAACAUUUUCCCGCUCGCCUCCGCCACAUUGUCACUUGAGAACUGACUAAAGGUGUGUUCGACAACAACAGUCCGAUCGGGAUGCGAGAAUGACGGUUGAGGUUACAGUCACUAGGGGUGCAAACCAGGUGAAACGGGGGGACCUGUAUGAACAUUUGAAACACUAAUUUCCAUUGCAAUACAUUGCUCUUAUGAAUAGCUUACACCCCUGGAGGAAAACCGUAAUGUUGAAAACGUGCCCUGACAUACGGCUUCAGAUUUUUUAUUCGUCUUAACAUUUCAAACCGCACUUCAAACAACUGUUGCUUUUGACUUGCCACUGUAAGAGCCAUUACCAUAAUAUGUACCGACGAUGGGUUAAAGCAAUAUAAUCAGUAUUUAGCAAUAGUCUCCUUUCAGGGUUUUCUUCGUGAUCUCCGUAAUCUGUGAAAACUAAUGUCUGAUGUUUUGGCCUGCUGUGUAUGGUAAUGUUGUAUUAUCAAGUUUCAGUGGCCACUUAACGCUGGUGGACCAAUACAGGACAUUCUUUUUAUCCAAUCGAAAUAUCUGAUCUAGUAAGGCAAGCGACCACUUGGUGAAAGGUCAGAAAGCUGCCUUGGUAAAUGUAGCCAAUGCGGAUGCUGUCUAAGGCCGAGAUUCGACGUGAUCGCGCCACUCUUGCCAUGCUCAUAUUCCCAGAGACCACAUUUGCGGCGGAAAGUGGUACAGGUCAACUCAAACCAAAAUCACCUUUAUUUGGCAAGUGCUAUAAACUGGAUUUUGCACCGAUCAUACUGAAUCCCGGCCUUACAGUGCAUACACUGUUCCUGGACAUCAAUCAAGUACCUCGUUAAGCGUUAUGUAGUGAAUACUACCAAACCGAAUAUCAUCUUGGAUUAGUAGCCUACCAAUUAUACACGUGUAUAUUAUAAUAUUGGAAAGUGUCCAGGCUCCAGAGAGCUGGUUCUUUACGUUAGCCAGCUAAUUCAGUCACAAUUAAAUGUCACUUGAUAUAUGUGUUUUAUUUAGAAAACGUGAAUAUUGUUUGUUGAUUCGUGUUCACUCCAACGCUAUUUCUUGAGAAGAGGAAGAUGUUUUUGGACAGCUUUCUGGAACCGACCUGAUGAGCCCAGCUCGUGCGUGUGUGUACGGACAUUGUUUUGUCUCUGCUCCAGUAAUACAAUUCUCAAAACAAUACAUCUUUUUAUAUAUUGAAAUAAAAAUAAUUACUGAUUAU